UUUAACAUUCACUCCUCUCCCGCACUCGCAGGCUGUGGUGCCUGGGACUCUACUCUGCUGUCUCGCCCGGACACAGAGAGAGACAAGGGGGGAGCGAGUCCAUUUUUUCUGGGUGGGGGGUUAAAAAAAAAAAAAAAAAAAAAUCUAGGACCACCGAAAUGAUAUCAUGAACAAGAAGAGCCAAAUAAUGCAAGGACAGGCUGCGGAGCAAGUUAACCCUUUCCUAACUGUGACACGACCCAGGCCGAAGAGAUCCAAUCAGAUUAACCCUCUCUGCACCGUGAGAACUAGCAUUGGCUUCAAGCCCGCCAACCCCGCGCAAAAUUCUUUUUUUACCCAAUUAAAAGCUUAGUGCCACUGCGCAAUAUCCAUGAGACAGUUAAGCGUUCAAUCUAAAUUUAAUUAUUAUUACUUUUUUUUUUUUUUUUAGAUAAACCCGUCUAAAAAUUACCAAUUUUUUCAAAAUUUUGAAAACUUUUUCUCCCAUUUCUCUGAAAUUUUUCAGUUUUUUUUUCUUUUCUUUUUUGCAUUUCAAGUCAGCAUGAGCGGAGGUCGCUUCGACUUCGACGAUGGAGGCGCCUACUGUGGGGGGUGGGAAGGUGGUAAAGCCCAUGGGCAUGGCAUCUGCACAGGACCGAGGGGCCAAGGAGAAUAUUCGGGGUCCUGGAAUUACGGCUUCGAGGUGGUAGGCAUCUACACCUGGCCAAGCGGUAAUAUGUACGAAGGAUAUUGGUCGCAAGGCAAAAGACAUGGCUUGGGAGUGGAAACCAAAGGACACUGGGUGUACAAAGGUGAAUGGACUCAUGGAUUUAAAGGAAGGUAUGGCGUCCGGCAAAGUAUGACCAGCGGGGCAAGGUACGAAGGAACAUGGCAGAGUGGCCUACAAGAUGGAUAUGGUACUGAAACGUAUGCAGAUGGAGGAACCUACCAGGGUCAGUUUGGAAAUGGAAUCCGUGAAGGCUAUGGUGUACGUCAGAGCGUCCCAUAUGGAAUGGCGGCAGCUGUCAAAAACCCCUUACGCACCUCCUUGACCUCCCUGCGCAGUGAACACAGCAACGGCACAUUGGCUCAACACGAGGCCAUGCCCCCUUCACCAGAUAACAUUGUGUGCCCAACCAUCACCAGAGGAGGCUUCGCCCUCUCCCUCUACGCAGACCCUGAAGUUCUCAAGGCACAGAAGAAAGGGAUCUUCAGAAGAGGGUCUUUUCUGGGUAAACUGAGGAGAUCCGAUUCUAAGUCCUCACUUGCGUCCCAGAGAAGUAAGCUGAGCUUUCUGAAAAGUGUGGGUGGGAUGAGCUCCGGAGCUAGCGAUGCCACCUCAACUGUGAGCUUUGGUGAUGCAACGGAAGGUGAAGAAUUUCCACCAGUGGAAGCAGAUAUUGAUGCCACUACUACCGAGCUCUACAUGGGUGAAUGGAAGAAAGACAAGAGGUCUGGGUUUGGGAUCAGCGAGCGCUCCAGUGGGCUGAAGUACGAAGGAGAAUGGCUGGACAACCUGAGAAAUGGCUACGGGUCUACCACCUUUCCAGAUGGAUCAAAGGAAGAAGGAAAAUACAGGAACAACGUUUUAAUUAAAGGGAUGAAGAAGAGGGUGAUCCCCUUGAAGAGCGCCAAGAUCAGGCAGAAAGUGGACAGAAGUAUUGAAGGGGCCCAGAGAGCGGCAGCCAUAGCAAAACAGAAAUCGGAGAUUGCUGCAUCCAGGACUACACAUGCCAAAGCCAAAGCAGACGGAGCUGAACAGGCGGCCCAGGCGGGUAAUAAUGAGUCCAGCAUUGCAAGGAUGAUGGCGAGAGAACUCUCCCCAGACUUCUACCAGCCAGGCCCAGAGUAUAUCAAGAGAAAACUGAUGCAAGAAAUCAUUGAAAAUGCUGAGCCUAUGGAGAUAAGAGAACAACCAACUGCAGCCAAGGAACAGCCAGUUCAUACACCUCCUGAGAGUCCUCAUCUCCCUGAAAAUCAACCGUCCUCUCAAGAUGUCUCCCCAGUGCGAACCCCGUCACCUCCACCUGGGACACCACCUGAAGCCAAGAAACUUAGAACCAGCUCGCAGAAGGAAAGGAUGAUUACUGCUGGAAACUGGAAUGGAGAAAGACGUGGUGGAAGGCAAUCCGCCAGCCCAUCCAGGAGUCCAAUCAACAGAGCCGACUUGAACAGCAAAUAUGAGAACCAGAUGAAACCACUUCAGAGGUUGGACAAAAUGUCAUCCGAUGCGGAUAUUGAGUUCCAUAAAGGCUAUCACAGCUAUGCUGUGCGGACCUCCCCAGUGAAUCCUCCACUGGACUUUGAAGAAAAAGCAUUCCCACCGCCACAAGCUGGAACACCAGAUUUGAAAGAGGAGCCAAAGGAAGUUCACUUUUCUCAAAAAGUCCAAGAAAAGAAGACCGCCGUAGAACCUACCAAGAAAGUUAAACCGAGUGAAGAGGUUAAGGAUGUAAAAGUGGAAAAGCCAAGUGUUGAAGCCAAAACGGAGACCAAGAUUGUCCAGAAAGCUGAGCCUAAGACUGUCCAGAAAACUGAACCAAAGGUUGUUCAGAAACCAGCUCCCCCAAAAGCAGAGCCCAAAGUCGUGGCCAAACCGCCCCCCCCGAAACCUGAGCCCAAACCUGCAGCCAAGCCCGAGUCCAAGGCGUUGGUUAAGUUUGACACUAAAAUAAAGAAGGGCGCCCAAACUGUGCCAGCUCCAAAAGCAGAAAUUGAAGAGAGACCAGAUACAAUCAUGAUAUGCAUGGUCAUUUUAUUGAAUAUUGGCCUAUCCAUCUUAUUUGUACAUCUACUGACAUGAAGAAUUAGAGAAUUUUACAUUGUAAACCCAUGGAUUGUUCCCAUCAGCCUUCCUGAUAAGAUGAAGAGCUGUCAGGAGAGGAGGCGUCUUUCGCCUUGACGGACUAUCAUGAAGCCGGGAGACAAUCGACCUAUCUUUCACUGAACCUUAUUUGCCUGUUGUAUAUAAAGCGAAGAUAGCAAGUGGAUUUCAAUACCCGUCAGCUGUCACGGUGCACUGGAAUGUUAACCGAUCUUGUUUGAAAACGAAAGAAUGUAGCAUUGAGGUCUAUCCUUAUGAUGUAAAAAAUAAAUAAAAAUGUAAUAAAAAAAUAAAAAUAAAUGUUAAACUUCCGCAAAAAGUAAAAACAAAACAAAAAAACCUCACUAUUGCUGAAAUUGAGUUUUGAAGAACUUUGGAAGCACAAAGCCAACACCCUCCAAGCCUUUAAAAAAGCAUGAAGCCGACACCCUCCAAGGCUUUGGAAGCACAAUGUCACCCCCCCCCCCCCAUGGAAGUUUAGGGUCUGCGUUUGGAAAAGUUCAUUGAUUUAUUUAUUUUUAUGUGUGCAGGAUUAGCGGUUGGCGAUGGACUGUUGCGAGGAACCAGGAUACGAUAUGUUUACACAUUUUCAAGCUAUAGAAAAUACCACAAGCCAAACCCAUGUCUUAAAAAGUGAAAAAAAAAAAAAGAUAUAUAUAUGUAUUAGGAUUGCUAGGAAACUUUUUGCAUGUGUGGCGGCUUUGUUGUAGAAACGUUUGUACAACGCUCAUGGAAGUGCACUGUGGUUCGUAAAGUGGACGCAAAGUUUUGGGGGUUGUAAACACGCGUGUGCCAAAAAUAAUGAGAAAUAAAAUGCACUUUCAAACCAUUAA